AUUUCUUCAUCUCUUCAGGCAUUGAUGAAAAUCAUCAAGCACUGCCAUGAGGAAGGUGCCGGCAACACAGACGUGGCUCAGGGUGUCCUGCUUGGCCUGGUCGUGGAUGAGAGGCUUGAGAUCACAAACUGCUUCCCCUUCCCACGCCACGCUGAUGAUGUCGAUGAAGAGGAUUAUCAGCUGGAAAUGAUGAGGCAUCUGCGCAAAGUCAACGUAGACCACCUUAGCGUGGGCUGGUACCAGAGCACACAGCUUGGUAACUUCAUCACCACACAGCUCCUUGAGUCUCAGUUUUCCUACCAGACAAGCAUUGAAGAGUCAGUCGUUCUCAUCUACGACCCUAUCAAGACUGCCAGGGGCUUCCUCUCCAUCAAGGCAUACCGUCUGACCCCAGAGGCCAUUAACACUGUCCAGGAGCGUGAUUACACCCCCGAGGCUCUAAAGAAGGGAAGACUAGGCUACGAGAAUCUCUUCCAGGAGAUCCGAUUAGUCAUAAAGAACUCUCACCUCGUCAACACACUCAUGUGUGAAUUAUAUGAGAUGAUGCCCAGCAGCGAGGGUAUGCAGUUCCUUGACUUGGGGACAAUGUCGACUCUUGACCGCCAGCUUAGGUGCUUAAUGGACUAUGUGGAUGACCUCAGCCAAGAAGCCAACAAGUUCAACAACUUCCAGCGACAGAAUGCCAAGCAGUUGCAGGACAAGCACAAGUUCAUGCAGAAGAGGGCUGCGGAGAAUGCCCAGCGCCAGGCCCGUGGAGAGCCCCCUCUGCCUGAAGAGGACAUUAGCAAGCAAUUCAAGCCCAUUGCUCCCCUGCCAAGACUUGAUGCUAUGAUUACCUCUGGACAGAUUUCGAACUACUGCAAGCAAAUUUCGCAGUUCUGCAGCCAGUCACUGGGCAAGCUGUAUGUGGCUAAGGCAUUGCAGAAUGACAGGAAAUAAUAAGGAUUUGUCACUUUUUCACUUUUUUUUGUCUUUUUUUAUUUUUUAUUUUUUAUUUUUUGCCAGAGGAGGAACUUGAAGAAACUGAAUAAAAAAAACAUAACAUGACGAUUGAGAUCUAUUGUUUAUUUUUGCCUAAUAAUCAGUAGGUUGAAACUUUUAAGUGAAGACUUGAUUUUUAGCAUAGGAAAUCUUGAUAUGAGGAAUAAUGGUGUGCCAGGAAUAAUAUGUAAUGUCCCUCUAAUCAUUUUAUUAAUAGGGAGAGAGAAUAUAUACUUGGACAGUUAACAUACAAUACUAUUUACUUCAACAAAAUGCUUGACUAUCACAGGGAAGAUACAUUAGAUAUUCACUUCAAUUUAUAACAAAAUAUAUUUUCUUCAAGUACACUACACUUUUUGGAAUAUUAACUUUGGUUGCUAGUGAAAGUAAAAAGAGUAUGAUUACCUUAACAUAUGAUAAAAAAGCAGUUGGCAUUCUUGUAACAUUUGGUCCUACAAUGGGUGAGAAAAACUUAUAUUAUCAAUGCUUACAAGUGGAGAAUGGUUAUUUUUUAGGCUCAGUAAAUAAGAUUCAUUACAAAAGA